AUGUCGGAUUGGAGACAGUUUAAGAUCAAGCAACGUGAAAAACGAAUGGCAAAACCAGGGAAGAAAGGCAAAGGAGAGUCAAAGGAUUUGAAGGACGAAAUCAUAGUUCAGAGAAUGAGCUCCGAAGUGACAGGAAAACAGCAGAAGUAUACUCGAAUUGGCCCACAAGAGUUUGUUCCAUUUGAACACGAUGAGUUGACAUUCGAAAACAUAGUUGAAUCUUGUCAAAAGUAUUUCGCUAAGCACAUUGAAAAAAGGCAUGGUGUGUGACAUCCUCGCGGGAGAACGUGGCCCAUCUUGUAAAAACAUGAACCAAAUUCCAGAUAUUAAGGUAUUCUACGUGAGAUUUGUUAAACCCGAAGCUCCAAACGAAAUAGAUGAAGAAGCCGAUGAUCAUGAAUCUACCCAGGUAUUUCAAUAUACAUUUACACUAAUAACAAUAAUCUUGACCAUCUAGAGUUUUGCUUUGUCCCUACCAACUUGCGUCAUAUUUAAGGAAAUUUUAGAAGUCCUUCCCAAUUGGGCUAUUCCAAUUAUUAUCUGCACCCCCCAUUAUCAAGCCACCAUUGCCCCCAUUCCCUCGGGCGUUUUUUUGUAAAUGGUUUCUUAUGUUUACAUCAUUCACUAUAUAGCCACCAAAGAAAGCUAAGCGACGUGCUAUGUCUUUGCCAAGCCCUAAAAAGUCUUCAUCCAAACAUGACAAUUCAAGCAAGUACCCUAAAAGUUUAUCCGUUAAAGAUAUGCUGCACCUGGGAAAAGCCCUUCCAAAGAAGGAGUCAACCAUUAUAUCAAUUUUUCAAUUUAAUUUCAAACACAUGCGUUGGUCAAGUGUACCCAUUAAAGCAGAGUUCAUGAUUGAAGAAUUGCCAUUUGCUACUGGUGGAUUCAGGGAAGCCUUUAAGGCCACAAGUAUAACAGCUGGCUUUGAAGAAACAACAUGGGUAGUGAAGAAGUACCUGACCACUGCUGUAGACGUAAUUAGAGAAACUAACGAGACAGAACAAACACAUGCACAGAAAUCAGUACAAAUGCAUUAUUUGGCAAAAAAUUUUGCUUCACAGCUAAAUGAAAAAAUUGUCAAAGAUGGAAUAACAGAUUUUGGUGAAGCCUUUUCAUACAAGAAAGUCUUCAUGGGUAAAACAGAUGAUGGGGAGUAU